AUGCAAGAUGAGUCUGUAAGAGUGAGGGAGCAGGCUGGGACCCCCUGCAGGCUGGGACCCCCUGCAGGCUGGGACCCCCUGCAGACCGAGGCCUCUGAACGGUCUGGCCGGCGGACACUGGUCUUUAACCCUCUCAACACUCCGCCACUAUCACCGUAUCACUGCACCAAUGAUUUAUUUGAUGGGGUGUGUGUGGUUGGUGUUUGUGUGGUGGGGUGUGUGUGGUUGUGUGUUUGUUGGUGGGGUGUGUGUGGUUGUGUGUUUGUUGUGGGGUGUGUGUGGUUGUGUGUUUGGUAUGUGGGGUGGUGUGUGGGUUGUGUGUUUGGUUGUGGGGUGUGUGUGGGUGUGUGUGUUUGGGUGUGUUGUGUGGUUGUGUGGUGGUGUGGUGUGGUUUGUUGUGGGGUGUGUGUGGUUGUGUGUUGUGUUGUGGGGUGUGUGUGGUUGUGUGUUUGUUGGUGGGGUUGUGUGUGGUUGUGUGUUUGGUUGUGGGGUUGUGUGUGGUUGUGUGUUUGGUUGUGGGGUGUGUGUGGUUGUGUGUUUGGUUGUGGGGUUGUGUGUGGUUGUGUGGUUUGUUGGUGGGGUGUGUGUGGUUGUGUGUUUGUGUGGUGGGGUUGUGUGUGGUUGUGUGUUGUGGUUGUGGGGUUGUGUGUGGUUGUGUGUUUGUAUGUGGGGUUGUGUGUGGUUGUGUGUUUGUGUGUGGGGUUGUGUGUGGUUGUGUGGUUGUGUUGUUGGGUGUGGUGUGGUGUGUGUUGUGGUGGGUUGUGUGGUUGGUGUUGUGUGGGGUUGGUGGGUUGUGGUUUGUGGUGUGGGGUGUGUGGUGGUUGUGGUGGUUGUGGGGUGUGUGGUGUGGUUGUGUGGUUGUGUGGUGGGUGUGUGUGGGUGGUGUGGUUGUUGUGGGGUGGUGUGGGUUGUGUGGUUGUGUGGUGGGGUGUGUGUGGUUGUGUGUGGUGGUGUGGUGGGGUGUGUGUGGUUGUGGUGUUUGGUUGUGGGGGUGUGUGGUUGUGGGUGUGGUUGUGGGGUGGUGUGUGGUUGUGGGUGUUGGUUGGUGGGGGUGUGUGGUGGUUGUGGUGGUUUGUGUGGGGUGUGUGGGUUGUGGUGUUGGUGUGGUGGGUGUGUGGUGUGGGUGUGGUUGUGGGGUGGUGUGUGGUUGUGGGUGUGUUGUGGGGUGUGGGUGGUUGUGGGUUUGUGUGGUGGGGUGUGUGUGGUUGUGGUGGGUUUGGUUGGUGGGGUGUGUGUGGUGGUUGUGUGUUGGUUGUGGGUUGUGGGGUGUGGUGUGGUGUGUGGUUUGGUGUGGGGUGUGGUGUGGUUGGUGUGGGUUGUUGUGGUGUGGUUGUGUGUUGGGUGUUGUUGGGGUGUUGUGUGGGUUGUGUGUUUGUGGUGGGUGUGGUGUGUGGUUGUGUGUUUGGUGGUGUGGGUGUGGUGUGGUUGUGUGUUUGUGGUGGGUGUGGUGUGUGGUUGUGGGUGUUUGUGUGUGGGGUGUGUGUGUGGUUGUGGUGGUUUGUGUGUGGGGUGGUGUGUGUGGUUGGGUGUUUGUGUGUUGGGGUGGUGUGUGGUUGUGUGGGUGUGGUUGGUGGUGGUGUGUUGGUGUGGUGGUGUGUUUUGUUGUGGUGGGUGGGUGUGUGGUUGUGGUGUUGUGUUGUUGGGGUGUGGUGUUGGUUGUGUGUGUUGGUUUGUGGGGUUGUGUGUGGUUGUGUGUUUGGUGUGGUGGGGUUUGUGUGGUUGUGUGUGUUGGGUUUGGGGUUGUGUGGUUGUGUGUUUGUUGUGGUGGUGUGUGGUGGUUGGUGUGUUUGGUGUGGUGGGGUUGUGUGGGGUUGUGUGGUUGGUUGUUGGGGUGUGUGUGGGUUGUGUGGUGUGUUGUGGGGUGUGGUGGGUGUGUGGUGUUGUGGGGUGGUGUGUGGUGUGUGGUGUGUUGUUGUGGGGUGGUGUGUGGGUGUGGUGUUGUGUUGUGGGGUUUGUGGGUGGUUGUGUGUUUGUGGGUGUUGGGUGUGUGUGGUUGGUGUUUGGUUGUGGUGGUGUGGUGGUGGUGUUGUGGUUGGUGGGGUUGUGUGGUUGUGUGGUUGGUGUGGUGGUGGUGUGUGUGGUUGUGUGGUUGUUGUGGUGUGGUGUGUGGUUGUGUGUUGGUGUGUGGUGUGGGUGUGGUUGUGUGGUGGUGUUGUUGGGGUGGUGUGUGGGUUGUGGUGGGUGUUGGUGGGUGGUGGUGUGGUGUGUGGUUGUGUGGUGUGGUUGUGGGUUGUGGUGUGUUGUGGGUGUGUGGGUGGGUGGGUGUUGUGGUUGUGGGGUGUGUUGUGGGGUGUGUUGGUGGGGUGGUGGGUGUUGGUGUGUUGUGGUGGUGUGGGGUGUGUGUGGUUGUGUGGUUGUGUGGUGUGGGGUGGUGUUGUGGUUGUGUUUGGUGUUGGUGUGGUGUGGGGUGUGGGUGUGUUGGGGUUGUGUGUUGGGUGUGGUGGGUUGUUGUGGGGUGUGGUGGUUGUGUUGGUUGUGGUGGGUUGUGUGUGGUUGGUGGGUGUUGUUGUGGGGUGUGUGUGGUUGGGUGUGUGGUUGGUUUGUGGGGUGUGUGGUUGUGGUGUGGGUUGUGGGUGUUGUGGUGUUGUGUGGUGGGUGUGUGUUGUGUGUUGGUUUGUGGGUGUGUGGGUGUGUGUGGUUGUGUGGGGUGGUUGGUUGUGGGUGUUGUGUGGUGUGGUGUGUGGUGGGGUUGUGUGUUGGUUGGGGUGUGUGUGGUUGUGGUGUUGUUGGGGGUGUGUUGUGGUGGUGUGGUGUUGUGGGGUGUGUGUGGUUGGGUGUUUGUGUGUGGGGUGUGUUGUGGGUGUGGUGGGUGUUGUGUGUGGGGUGGUGUGUGGUUGUGGUGUGUUUGGUGGGUGUGGGUGGUGUGUGUUUGUGUGUGGGGGUGUGUGGUUGUGGUGUGGUGUUGUGGGUGUGUGUUGGUGUGUGGUUGUUUGUGGUGGUGUGGGGUUGUGUGUUGGUGUUGGGGGUGUGGUGGUGUUGUGGUGUGGGUGUGGUUGUGUUGGGUGGUUGUGGUGGUGUUUGUGUGUUGGGGUGUGGUGUGGGUGGUGUGUGUUGGUGUGUGGGGUGGUGUGGGUGUGGUUGUGUUGUGUUGGUGGGGUGGUGUGUGGUGUGUGUUUGUGUGGGUGUGUGUGUGGGUGUGGUGUUUGUUGUGGGGUGGUGUGGUGGUUGUGUGUUGGUUGUGGGUGGUGUGUGGUUGUGGGUGUUGGUUGUGUGGGUUGUGUGGUUUGUGUGGGGUUGUGGGGUUGUGUUGUGUGUGGGUGGGGUGUGGUGUGUGUGGGUGUUGUUUGUGGGGUGGUUGUGUGGUGGUGUGUUGUGUUGUGGGGUGGGUGUGGUGUUGUUUGGUGUGGUGGUGUGGGUGGGUGUGUGGUUGUGUGGGGUGUGUUGGUGGUUGUGUGGUUGGUGUGGGGUGUGUGUGGUUGUGUGUUUGGUGUUGGUGGGGUUGUGGUGGUGUGUGGUUGUGUGUUGGGGUGUUGUGUGGUUGUGUGUUGUGGUGGUGUUGUGGGUUGUGUGUGGGUGUGUGGUGUUUGGUGUGUGGGGUGGUUGUGUGGUUGUGUGUUUUGUUGGUGGGGGUUGUGUGUGGUUGUGUGUUUGGUGGUGGGUGGUGUGUGGUUGUGUGUUGGUGGUGGGGUGUGGUGUGGUUGUGUGGUUUGUUGUGGGGUGUGUGUGGUUGUGGUGUUGGUGUUGUGGGUGGUGUGGUUUGUGUGUUUGGUGUGUGGGGUGGUGUGGUUGUGGUGUUUGGUGUGGGGUUGUGUGGGUUGUGUGGUGUGUUUGUGGGUGUGGUGGUGUGGUGUUGGUGUGGGUGGUUGUGUGGUUGUUGGUGUGUUUGUGGGUGGUGGUGGUUGUGUGGUUGUGGUGUGGGUGGUGUUGUGGGUGUGUUGUGUGUGGUUGUGUGUUUGGUUGGUGGGUGUGUGUGGUUGUGUGGUGUUGGUUGUGGGGUGUGUGUUGGUGUUGUGUGUUUGGUGUGGGGUUGGUGUGGUUGUGGUGUUGGUGUGUGUGGGUUGUGGUGUGGUGUGUGUGUUGUGUUGUGGGGUGGUGUGUGGGUUGUGUGUUUGGUGUGUGGGUGGUGUGUGGUGGUUGUUGGUGGUUUGUUGGGGUUGGUGUGUGGGUUGUGGUGUUUGUGUGGUGGGUUGUGGUGUGUGUGGGUGUUGUGGUUGUGUGGGGUGUGGGUGUGUUGUGGUUGUUGGUGUGGUGUGGUGGGUUUGUGGUGUGUUGUGGUGGGGGGUUGGUGUUGUGGUGUGGGUUGUGUGGUGGGGUGGUGGGUUGGGUGGUUUGUUGGGGGUGGUGUGUGGUUGGUGGUUGUGGUGGGUGUGUGGUGUGGUUGUUGUGUUGGUGUGGGGUUGUGGUGGUUGGGGUUGUGUUUGUUGGGGUGUGUGUGGUUUGUGGUGUGUUGUGGGGUUGUGGUGGUGGUUGUGGUGUUGUGGUUUGUGGUGGGUGGUGGUUGUGUUGGUGGUGUGGUGUGUGGUGUGGGUGUGUUGUGGGUGGUGUGUGGGUUGUGUUUGUUGGUGUGGGUUGGGUGUGGUUGUGUGUUGUGUGGGGUGGUGUGUGGUUGUGUGUUUGUGUUGUGGGGUUGUGUGUGGUGUGGGUGUUUGUUGGUGGGGUGUGUGUGGUUGUGUGUUUGUGUGGUGUGGGUGUGUGGUGGUUGUGUGUUUGGUGUGUUGGGGUGUGGUGUGGUGUGUGUGUUGUGUGGGUGUGUGUGGUGGUUGUGGUGUUGGUUGUGGUGUGGUGUGUGGUGUGUGUUUGGUGUGGGUUGUGUGGGGUUGUGUGUUGUUGUGUGGGGUGGUGUGGUUUGUGGUGUUUGUGUGUGGGUUGUGUGUGGUUGUGUGUUUGGUUGUGGUGGUUGGUGUGGUUGUGGUUUGUGUGGUGGUGGUUGGUGUGUGGUUGUGUGUUGUUGUGGUGGUGUGGGUUGUGUGUUUGUGUGUGGGGUUGUGUGUGGUUGUGUGUUGUGUUGGUGGGGUUGGUGUGGUUGGUGUGUUGUUGUGGUGGUUGUGGGUGGUGGUGUGUGUUUGGUUUGGUGGGGUUGUGUGUGGUUGUGUGUUUGGUUGUGGGGUUGUGUGUGGUUGUGUGUUUGGUGUGGUGGGGUUGUGUGUGGUUGUGGUGUUUGGUUGA